AUGAGUGACAUCAAUUUGAAGGCACUGCAAGGAACAUCAAACAAUGAGGCUAAGAAAACUCCGAGUGCCAUGGACGAAGUCAAUUCUGCCUUGCAAGAAUGUGGCUUCGGCUGGUUUCACGUGAGGCUACUCAUAACAGCAUACAUUGGGUAUACUUCUGGCGUCGCCCUGGCCAUGACGACGCCGUUCGUCCUGCCGAUAGCUGAAUGCGAUCUGGACAUGACAUUGUUGCAAAAGGGCGUUUUAAAUGCGAUACCAUAUGUAGGUAUGAUCGUGUCGUCUGCUAUAGCUGGUUUCCUGACAGACACAUUUGGCAGAAAGAAGUUUUUAGUCUAUGGUUUUGGAGGACUGUUCGUGUUCACUAUAAUAUCUGGCUUGAGCCAACGAUAUGGUGUACUGGUUACUUCCAAGUUUUUCGAAGGUUUUAUAUUUGCAGCUUCCUUCAGCCCCCUCAUGACUCUGACUUCAGAGAUGUGUCACAGCGGGAUUAGAGAUAGGGUGAUGCUGGUCCAGACUUCCUUUGUGGCUAUCGGACAGGUCUCUGUGGCUUUGUUGUCAUGGGCUAUUCUUACGCAGAAUUGGAGGGACGUGCUGUUCGGUGGCUCUCUUGUCCUCAACAUAUGGAAUUAUUAUCUCCUACUGAUGUCAUUGUGGUCCUUCUGUGCGUGUUUCCUAUACAUGCUCAUUCCGGAGAGUCCAAAAUACUACGUCACCCAGCACAAUUACGAAGCAGCAAGGUCCGUUUUACUGUACAUAUACACGACGAACACGGGCAAAACUAGCGACAGUUUCAAGCACAUAAAUCUAUGGACGGACAGGAUAAAACGCAUGGACGAGGCCCCGGAAGCAGUACACAAAAGCCAAUUGUCAGCUGGCUGUGAGAAUAUCAAACCCCUGUUUCAGAAGCCUUUAAUUUUGUAUCUCUCGCUGCUCUGUUUCAUUAACUUCUUCACAAUGACCCAGUACAACGUGCUCAGGCUGUGGUUCCCACAGUUGUCGACGAUAGUGGAGCACUAUCGCUCUAACAGCACGCAGGACUUGUGCCAAAUGCUGGAUACAUACACGCGCGACCUUCGAGAGAAGGCUAAAACUACCGUCGAUGAAGUUUGUAUACCGGUACGUAGCGGACACGAAACAUAUCGAAAUUCAGUUAUCCUUGGCUCCAUUUGUGUCAUCCCCUUUAUCCUCACGAGCAUCCUCGUGAAUAGAGUGGGGAAGAAGAAUCUCUUCAUAGUGUGCGGUUUAAUAUCAGUCGGGUGCACUAUUGCUCUGCGAUGGACAAGCAGCAAAACUUCUCUCGUAUCUCUCUUCUCCGUCGAUGUUUCUUCCGCACAAACAAUGCUUAGUUUGACACAGGCAAUGGUGGUAGAGUUGUUCCCUACUAGUUUUAGGUCUUUGUCCAUGGGUUUAGUGAUGAUGUCUGGACGGACCGGUUCCCUCGUGGGUAACAUAAUGUUCCCCAUACUUUUAAACUUGGGGUGUGUUGUGCCAUUUUUCACGUUAGCUACUUUGAUGUUGGGAAUCACGGCACUCUCGCUGUUUUUACCAACGAAGAAAAACUAG